GAUCAUCCAAGUGCAAGGUGAACUCAGUAUUGUCUGAGUAUGUAGGCGAGAUACCAAAGAAGGAAUCUCGUUUCUUAGUUUUUCACAAUGAUUUCAUUUGAUUUUUGUCUCUAUUAACGUUCAGUUGUGCUUUGUACAUUAUGCUAGUGAUCAAGUUAGUUUUCUUAGUGAUUUUCGCUGCAGCUGUCAGUGCCUUGGAUUGCUACUAUUGCAAGAGUGAAGAUCACGGGGAUAAAUGCAUCAAUGAUACUUCCCAAUGGACCGUGAUGACAUGCCAACCUCACGAAAUAGCGUGCUAUAUAAGACUUCGUCGCGAAAAAGAGUAUGAUUUGGAUGGAUUCGCUGAAAGAGGAUGCGCUCUAAAUUUGAACUUCUGCAAGGAUUUACUUGGGCAACUGGGAGCAAGAAGACAGCUUCAAUAUUAUGAAAGUUGUGGAGUGUGCAACAGAGCGAAAUGCAACAUUAUUAAUGCUUUGGAGAUAAAUUCUUCAGGAAGGAACACGAUGAAUAUUCUCUCACUUCUGUUGCCUUUCCUUCUGAUUGCUACAAAGAUUUAAAUAUGAGAAAAUUCCUCAAUCACCAUUUAUGUAUAUAAAUAAUCUUGCUAGUACCAAAGGAUUGAGCGGAGUGAGAAUUAAAACUAUUAAAAAUAAAUGAUAACAUACCAUCAGGCAAGAGAGUUUAUUCACACAGGAAACGAGUGGAUCCCGAAAUAGCAAAUAUGUAAUAUUCCUCCUCUUCUGUCACUCAUAUGGAUGUCAUAAAUACUAUUGAGAUGAUCGGCGGGUAAUAAAGAAAAGUGCAAGGUAAACUCAAGAGUAGGCGAAAGCCAAAAAUGGAUCCACGCUCGAAACUUGAUUUUUCACAAUAAUCUCAUUUGACUCUUGACGCUGCUCGCUUUCAGUCGUGCUUUUCAAUGAUGUCAGUGAUCAAGCUGUUUCUCUUCACAUUGCUCGUUGCAACGGCGAGUGCCCUGGAUUGCUUCUACUGCAAAAGUGACGAUUACGGGAAUAAAUGCGUUAAGAAUGACACCUCCCAAUGGACCGUAAUGACAUGCCCACCUACCGAAAAAGCGUGCUUUAUAAGGCUCCAGCGGAAUACAAGAGAUGACAGCGAAGGAAUUGCCGAGAGAGGAUGUGCUGAGAAUCUGGAUUUCUGCAGGGAUCUCUUGGGUCCGUUAGGCGUCAGUUUUCGCUACUAUGAAAGCUGUGGCAUAUGCAAUGUGGCUAAGUGCAAUAACAUCAGUGCUUUGGACAUAAGUUCUUCCAUGAGAAAUUCCCUCAAUGUCCCUUUACUUCUCCUGUCCCUUUUGAUGAUUGUGAAGAGAAUCUUCAUGGGAUAAUGCAUGUUUUAAAGCGAGAAAUCGUUACCAUUAAACUGUAAAUAAACUGGUGCUUAUAAUCCUAAAAUAAAGCGCGAGUGAUUGUAACAACUAAAAAUAAAGUGGUCAGCUAGGAUGAUGAGAGUUUGAUCAAAAAUAGCACAGAAAAGUUUGUACAGUGACGUGUAAAACUGUCCAGGGGAUUUUAAUCAGAUUUUUAUUGACACAAUUAAGGUGAUUUUUUCUGUUAUUUAAGUCUUGAAAUAUUGAAAAUUACCUACUCAUAAUUUUGCUAAACUUUUGUAUUUUCUCUAUGAAAUUCUAUCAUU